AAUAUAAUAAUUUAUUAAAACAAAAUAAUAGAAAAUAAAGCAAGCUAAUCAUUCAAAUAGAAAUUAAUUCAGAUUGAAAGUAGGUUUAUGGCAUCGUAUAAACAAGGCCCAGUCCACAAUAACUAGUACGUAAAAGCUAGAAACACCAUUUUUUAUCCUCUCGCUUCUGCUUAAGCUAAUAACAAUAAUGAAAGGAGAAUUUUUGAAACAAAGUUUGCUUUGAGAUAGAAUAUUCACAACGUUAAGCCAACUAUUCCAAUUAUUUAUAGGCUUCCUAACACAACAACUUGCAAAGAACAUAAAAAUGUCAAUCCAUAAUAAAAAGUUUUAUAAUUUCCAGGCUAUUCUAAUCCUACUUCUCCUAGAGUAUGCACUUCAAAAUAAGAAAUAGAUGGUAAAAAACUUUGUUAAAGUUUAGGAAACAGCCCUGUUAAAUAAUAGAUAGCUUAGCACAAUGAAAAUGAAUACCUUUAGAAAAACAACACUAUGAUUACAAGUCUUAGUCUAAGCCCUCAAAGAUAGCAAUAGUAGUAAUAAGAAAAAAAAAUAUAAACACUGAUUGUUCCAUUUUAAUCUCCAUAGAAUAAAAUGAAAAAAACUCUUAUUCUAGACUUAGACGAAACUCUUAUUCAUAGCUCAUAAAUGAAACCAAAGAAAUAUGAUUUAAAUUUCAAUAUACAAACCUCUACUACUAAAGAAGAAUUUUUUGUCAAAUUUAGACCAAAUGUAUCGAAUUUUUUGAGGAUUAUGGCAAAUUACUAUGAAGUGUUUAUCUGGACAGCUAGCAUAAAAGAAUAUGCAGAUGUAAUAAUAAAUCAACUUGAUCCUUCUGGUAGUUUUAUUUCUUACAGACUAUAUAGAGAUAGUUGCAGAAAGAAAGGGGAUUACUACAUCAAAGAUUUAGCUCUUUUGAAUAGAAACAUGAAAGAUGUCAUAAUAAUUGAUAAUUUAAGCACCUGCUUUAACUUGCAUUAAGAAAAUGGUAUUCAAAUUUAAGAUUUCACUAAUGAUGAAACUGACAACGAACUUGAAAAAUUAACACCUUUUCUUAUUUUUGCUAGUGAUGUGAAUGAUGUCAGAGAUGUCUUUAAAUGGAAAAUUAAAUUUGAAAAUUAAUCUCAUUUUGAGUUUAAAAACAUGCAAAAUUAGAAUAAGAUAUAUAUUAACUAAUCUAAAUCAAAUGAAUUGACUAAUUCAAAUAUUUAACAAAUUGCUCCAUAUUUUAUCCAAAGUAAUCAUUAAUCUGAGGUGAAUGAUAGUUAACCUAACAAGUAGAGUAAUUAAUUCAAAGUAACUGAAAAUAUUUAGUAAAGAUUAAUAUAAAAGAAUCAACUAAAUCAAAGUUACUAAGUAAAUUAAAAUAAAAAUGAUUAAUGCGAUUAAACUGAAAUGGGUGAAGAUUAUAUAUAUAGAAGUAGAAGAUCAGUCAGCAACUCACUUGAAAAUUCUUAAAACAUAUCUAAAUGUGAUCAAUUUAGCAAAAUUGUAAAUUUAGAACACAGUUUUGGAGGAAAUUAGAAUAACAAUGGAGAUAAUUAAAUCAAUCCAAUUUUCUAAGAAUUUACUUUUUCAAAGCUGAAAAUAGAGGAAAGCAGGGUAGUAGAAGAAGUAAUCGGUAAGAAUACAGAAAGAGUUAUAGAAAAAAUAAACAAUUCAAAUAAACAUGAAAGGAUUCCCUUUAAAUAAAUUGAUUGUGGCAACUAAAGUUAAAUAAAUUAUUCACCUUAGUUUAAUUUUUCAUAGACUAAAAACUCUUCUCACUAAAUAUAAGGUUAUCAUCACUCAUUAUAGCCAACAGUAUUUAAACUGAUUGAAUAACCUGUGUGUUAAAAUUCUAAUCCUCAAAGUAAUAGAUAAACACCCAGCUUUGAGAGAAAAAGAGAUGAUAAUGAUAAUAAAGAAAAUAAAUCAUAGUUGUAAAAUGCUUUCUAAAAUAUUUAAAAAGGCUUGUAAGAAAUAAUCCAAGACUAGAAGAAUUAAAAAAGCUAUUAAAAAUUGAAUAAUAUUUUUAUUAAACCUAUUGAAUAAAAUAACCUGGAUGUAUCAAAGACAAAUUAAAAACCUGUUAUACUAAAUUAAUCUAGUUAAAAUAUAGAUAAUAAUACAAGAACUAAUUUUCAAAAAAGUAGAUAUAGUGCCUUUGAAAGUUAGGGCAAUAAAGAAGAAUAAGCUAAUAUGUUGAAAAUCGAUGAUAACCUUAACUAAAGGUCAUGUCAAAUUUAAGAAUAAAAAGAAAUGAAAGGUCAAAUUACCUAAUCUUAAGUUGAAAGCUAAAAAUAAAAAGAAGAUUGCAACUUUCAUGAAUUUAACAUUUAUGAAGAUCACCCUAUUCCGAAAUUCCUCUAGCUUCCAAGCAGGAAAAUAGAAAAAAAGGUUGUUUUAUAACAAAAUGAAAAAUGCGAAUAAAAAUAAUUUACUUUCUAAGCUGCUAAGACUUAAUGCGAAAUGCAUAAAUAAGCUUAAGGAUUGAGUGUUAAAGAAAAUAAAAAUGAAAUUUUAGAGAGACUUUCUAAUAAGCAGUAGAAUAAAGAAGUACCAUAAAUUAAGAAAGAUCUUUCAAUUUAAAGUAUUUCUAUUGAAUUCAGACGACACACUCUUGACACCAUAUAAUCAAAUAAAAAUAACAAUUAAAGUAACUUAGAAGAUUAAUAAAAAAGUCAAUAAUCUAAAUAUCCAAAAAUAUUUGAUCAAAAUGUGCCUUAAAAAAUUCCAGUGAUUGGAAAUCAUAUAUAACUUUCUAAAUAUAAACCACUUUCCUAGUAGGAAACUUCAACUUAAGCUUAAAUUUAAGUGACAGAUAUAUAAUUAUUAAAUACAAAUAAUCAGGAAAAAAUGAUAAAAUCAUUGUAAUGCCAAUAAGCAGGAAAAGAUCAUUCAGUUGACCAAAACAAUACUUCUCUCUAAAACAUACAGCAUAAUUAGCAAGAAAUAAUACAGCCUAAAAGACAUUAUAGCUAGUAUGUUUCAUCUAAUUAAAUUUUAGAAAACUAAUAGCCUCAAAAAUCUAACUACCAAUUUAUAAAAUCUAUAUUAAAAGAAAACUAAUGUAAAAAUGAUAAAAAUAAAGAAAAUUUGAAAUAAAAUUAAAAAUAGUUAAUUGAUUAGUGCCCAUAACAACAUAUACAGAUAUUAAAGCAAAACAAAAAUGAGAAUUAAUCUCCUAUACUCAUUUAAAAUAAUUAAUUACUAUUUAAUGUUAAGCCUUAUUUAGUCGAGAAAUAAAACACACUAGAAUAAAAGACACCAAGCACUGCAAGUCAUUCAAAAUAUAAUAGCACAAUAGAAGAUGGAUCAAGUAAAAAAGAAAAGUUAUUUUAAUUUUAAAAUCAUGUACAAUCAUUUGAAGAGUAUACAAAUUAAGGCUCAAAAUUUCCUCAAGUUAUUAGCUAAAAAAAAGUGUAGUUUUAUAACCCUAAUUAAAUUAGCAAUAAAAAUAACAGAACCUUUGCAUAAUUUGAGAGUUAUAUUUAACAAAUUUAAUGA